AGUACUAUGUUUUCAGUCUUGUACCUUAUUUAAGACUGGUGACGCUCAACCACAACUUUCCACUGACUCUAGAUAAUCACUGAGCACUUCCGUGGCUGUGCUUUUAAGGGGAGACUUGAUCAACGCUUUGAUUAAAUAUACAUUUAUAUAUAUAUAUAUAUACAUUUAUAUAUAUAUUAAAGAUCAUUAUAAAAGGAAUUUGAAAAUCGAAAUAAUUUGUGUGAGUUUCUGAAGGCAUCAUGUGGAUUAUCCAUCCUGUGAUUGUUUUUACUCUUUGUAUGUUUUUCUUCAGUGUGUUGGCAGACACCAACCAUAAAAACCCAGGAAACGCAGCUUGUGACAAUAUUCAUCUCUUGCUGUACGCCAUCAUCUGUUUUCUCAUUGCCGUAGUUAUCAUUCUCCUGGUUCUUCUGUUUAAAAUGUUCAUCUCAAUGCAAAAGGCCAUUAAAAGAAACACUAUCCAAACCAUCAGCGACACGAGGGAAUCAACCGCUUUGUGCCAGAAUAGCGCUUUAAGCGUUUCCCCUACUUCAGGCGAUGGUGCAGAUAAUUCAUCUUCUACUAGUUCUGGGACCCCUGAAGGCUCGGGCUUUUGUUUUUGUGUGUUUUUGGAUGUCAGCUGUCAGAUCUUUCCACUACCUCUCAACGGUACGUAAGCCUUGAAGACCGUCGAAAGACUUCUGACUACAUAAAUGUUUCAGAAACUGGACUAGUGGACUUUAAAAAAAUGGAUAUAGACUAUGUCAAUGUUCAAGAGUCCCAACAGAAAAAGGUUAAAAGUAAAGGCCAAGUGAGCCGUGAUGACGGUACGACAAGUAUUAGCAGCGAUGAUUCUGCUGUGAAUUACUCCAAAGUUGUCUUUACUAAGGCGAAUAAGUGAAAGAUCAUUAGUAGAUUCACUGAAAUGUGCUUAAAAGGAUCAGACAUUGAGAACUGAAUAACGUCGUCAUUUACUCAACCUCAUUGUGUGGUUCAAAAAAAUAUAUUUUCGCCCCUAACUAUUAAAAAGUCAGUGUGGUCAAAUAU